AAUUUCGAAAACGAUCGCCGCGAUCGCGCCAACGAACUAGUGGCUUCGGAUAAAGCUCCGACACACCGCCAUGAUCAAUGUGGGAAACAAAGAUGGCGGAAUAAUACGGUGAUCGUAAGCAAGACAAGUGUUGUGGAGUGUAGUUAUGUGCGGUGGUGGGUGGAUAACGCAGCAUUGUCGCGGCGCCUGAGCGUGGAGGAGGGCGAUGGCGCGGCCGGGGUGAUGCCGCCGCGGCCUGCGGCCGGCCGCUCGGCUAUGGCGGCAGAGGACGACCGCCCGCCGCUCGCUCUGUUUACGGCCGUCUACGACUACGUAGCGCAGGGGGAGGAUGAGCUAUCCCUUCGCAGAGGGGAGAUCGUCGAGGUGUUAUCCAAGGACUCGACCAUAUCAGGAGACGAGGGCUGGUGGACGGGCAAAAUCGGCGAUCGCGUUGGCAUCUUCCCUGCAGUAUACGUAACAGAGGACGACCCCCUCGCUGUCACGUCUGUAAUCGGGGACGUCGACCCUCCUCGGGUGUCGUACUCUGAGCUGAAACUCGAGGAGGUGAUCGGGUCCGGCGGCUUCGGGACGGUUUACCGCGGAUAUUGGAAUGACGAGGUCGUAGCCGUAAAAACUGCACGGUUGGCGAACGAAGACAUCGAAGUUAUAAAGGAGAGUGUGCUGCAGGAGGCUAAACUAUUUUGGAUGUUGCAGCAUGAAAAUAUAGUGUCUUUAAAAGGUGUGUGUUUAGAGAAGCCGGAUUUGUGUUUGGUGAUGGACUAUGCUCGGGGUGGCCCAUUGAACAGGGUCCUCUCAGGGCGGAAGAUAAGGCCCAGGAUCCUUGUGGAUUGGGCUAUCCAGGUAGCCCGUGGGAUGGCCUAUCUCCAUUUCGAUGCACCUAUAUCUCUAAUUCAUCGAGACCUUAAGAGCUCUAAUGUUCUGCUCAGCGAGGCUAUCCUUACAGACGACACGCUUGAAGACAAGACCCUGAAGAUCACAGACUUUGGCUUAGCCCGGGAAGUGUACAAGACCACGAGGAUGUCAGCGGCGGGGACUUAUGCCUGGAUGCCACCUGAGGUGAUAAAGAACUCGACAUUCUCGCACGCAUCCGACGUUUGGUCUUACGGUGUGCUUCUAUGGGAACUGUUGACUGGUGAGACGCCUUACAAGGGUAUCAACGCUAUGGCGGUGGCUUACGGCGUGGCUGUCAACAAGCUAACACUGCCCAUACCAAGCACGUGCCCGGAGUCGUGGAGAGUGCUGAUGGAAGCGUGCUGGCGCUCCAAUCCCCGGGAGAGGCCCAUGUUCCCGGAAAUCCUGGAACAGCUGGAAAGGAUCCAACAGUCCGAAUUCACGCGGGCACCUCACGAGUCCUUCCACACAAUGCAGGAUGGAUGGAGGCUUGAGAUAGAGGAGGUUCUACGGGAUCUACGGAGGAAGGAGCAGGAGCUAAGAUGUCGGGAAGAGGAACUGACCCGGGCGCAGUUGCAGCAGAGGCUGGUGGAACAAAACCUGGCCCAGAAGGAGAGGGAGUUGGAGAUGAGGGAGAUUGACCUCGCCGCACGGGAGUUGCAUAUCCUGAUCUUCGCGAGCAACAUGUCACACAGUCAACCGCCGCAGCCCAACAAACGGAAGGGCAAAUUCAGCAAGAUAAAGUUGCUCAAGAAGGACACGAUCUCAUCGCCGCUGGACUUCCGGCACACGCUCACCGUGCGGCCAUCGGACGACGAGUCCAGCGUUAAGCAGCUGGUCGCCGUGGCCACGGACACUCCGCCGGGCUCGCCCGCCAUCAUGAGGGCUAUUGCUCUGCCUGCGGACGGCGUGAAGGGCAAGACGUGGGGCCCGUCCACGGGGCACCAGCGGGCGCGCGCGCACCUGCCGCUGCCCGCACUGCGGCCGCGAGCGCACCGCCCCUCCACCUCCGCGCCGCACCUGCCGCCGCACGCGCCGCGCGCCUCCCCGCCGCACGCAGACUUCAGUCCGGACGACUGGGGGCCGGAGUUCCCUCUUAGUUCCUCCUCCAGGUACACGAUACCCAUGCCGACGCUCUACAGCACUGAAGGUUAUAAAUAUAAGAAGCCUAGUAUAAUAGAAUUGGUGCUAUACAACAUGGCCGCUUUACUGGGCGGCGUAGCGGCGGGAUAUGACGUCAGAGUAUCCAAUGUCAGCCCACUGCAUCCUACGCUGCAACCCCACAGGUCAGAGUUAGAAACGGAAGUGAUACCUCCAUCCAUUUACGAGGGAUACGGGUUCGCCCACAACACCUACCACGGACCGACGAGACACUUGCGGGCGCCCCUAAACGCCAUUACCGGCUCUCCGAUUUCAAGUGUUCAGGCCGAGGAACAAAAACCGAUUCGGUUUACGGACUCACCUUCACAUUACGCACAUCCGUCUUCUUCAUCCGGUUACGGCCAUUCUGUUCAACCCCUCUCCGGCACUUCAGGUCUCGGAACCAAUUAUACUUCUACACAACCCACCCCAUCCCCUAGAAGAACUAGUUCAUCCACUUCUGAACAUAUAGCGGAGUUGUACCAUAACUAUAGAGAAAACUUCCAACCCUCGCCUUCCCAAGACCGUGUUCAAGACUUUUACUGCCGCACCGAACCUUACGCCUUCGACAGAACUGCCGAUUACGUCGUAAAACACCCGUACUAUGGUUACGACGAAUGCUCGUUUGACUAUAGAGAACCUACUUCGGAUUACAGACCCCAAUACUUAACACAUAGAAGAACUCCAUCGAAUUCGUCAGCGACAAAUUCCCACGCUGAAGAAUUCUCCCCUUCGAGACAAUACAGAGAAAAGAAAGAUAGAAAAGAAGAGUUCCGAACGCCUGAGUAUCCGAGAAAAAACGAUUAUUCGUUACCAAGAGAUUAUUUCCGACAAGAAUCCCAAGAGGAGAGCGAAAGGCCAGCGAAUUUGGGUUUGGAAUUAGGACCUUCGAAGUUACGGUCGAGUCUUAAAAAGUAUAAUAAAAAGACAAGUGCAUCUGGCGGGAGUUCUGGAGGAGGUACACCCACUAAUCCGACUCCGCCGGACAGUUUAAGUGAAACGGACAGCUCUUAUGUGUCCGCCAGGGACGCGUCCAGUGGGUCAGCGUCAAGGGUCCGGUUCAGUCCGGACGCUCUAGGAACUGAAAGAAGACCGUCACGACACUCGUAGCGAAGGCUGAAAAAGUUCGACGACUACCUCGUAUGAUCCAAAAAUGAUCACUUGUUGAUCUCGGAAGUAUACUGAUCACGAACUUGCAAGUGUUCUGAUCAAUGAUCACUGAUAAAUAAUCAUUCGGGAUGUGUUAUGAUCGACAUAAGUGAAUUGUCGUGAUCACCGGUGUUAAGCUUUAUUGCUAACGUCAUAUCUUUGUUUACAGCUUAAUUUUCAGUUACAAAAGCAAUAGGUGCUCAGUUUAGCAAAUGGUGGAAAAGUGUCAGGCAUUGGGGAGUUCUGAUCACAUCCAUCUGGGACCAUGUUCUGUUCAAUGAUCAUUGAUCUGGAAGAGUAAGGGAUCGGUGAUCGACCAUCUGGGAAGUGUAUCGCAGGUAGCGUUGAACGCUUGUCUUUUUGUGUGCGCGGGGCGUACUGGACCGCUGGAAGUGGCUUUUAAUAUUUGUGAAGUGAACGCAAGAGUUUUCUUUUACUUUGUUCAGUUGUGUUGCGGAUUGGCGGGUGAGACGUUUACUUUGCGGUGAAUUAAGAUUGAUAAAUCUGAUAUAUAUUUUUAAUGUUUCCGCAUAACAAACAAGUACAAAACACUGGUCAUAACAUAUUAUUUUAAGAAACGACAUAGAAAUCAUGGAAACGUCUUUAUCAACAAUUCGUGCAAUAUUCAGACAAUAACUUUAGAGAAUUCAAAUUAUCGAUAGGCCAUUUUGUUUAAAACGUUU